CCCAUCAUCUUCAGUUUGCAGAUGUUACUAUUUUUUUUAUUUGUGAUAAUUAGAGUGUUUUUUUGGAUCUUUGCGGGUUGAGAAUUGAUUUGGUGAUACAUGUCUUGGUUGGCAUUCAACAGUGAGGCUGUCAUAACUCAUAAGUUUUUUUCCCCUUCCCAAUAACAUCAAGAAGUUCUUCCGAAGCUUUGGAUUGUGGAGAAAAUAUGCAUACACCAUUUUGACUUGAAUGUUUCAGUACAUUUGCAUACACUCAUAUCAUCUUUACUUUUUGGUAGCUUGUAAGCAUGAGCCAGAUGGCCGGGUAAUACUGGCUGAAUUUGAAUCAUUCCAUUUAUUGAACACAUAUGCGCCGAACAAUGGUUGGAAAGAGGAAGAAAACUCAUUCCAAAGGAGGAGAAAAUGGGAUAAAAGAAUUCUGGAGUUUGUUGUGCAGUCUUCAGACAAGCCUUUGAUUUGGUGUGGGGACCUGAAUGUUAGCCAUCAAGAGAUUGAUGUGAGUCAUCCAGAUUUUUUCAGCAGUGCAAAGCUAAAUGGAUACAUUCCUCCAAAUAAAGAGGACCGUGGACAGCCUGGGUUUACCUUAGCUGAAAGGAAGCGUUUCAGUACCAUACUAUCUGAGGGAAAGCUCAUAGAUGGAUACAGAUUCUUACACAAGGAAACGGACAUGGAGUGUGGCUUCUCAUGGUCUGGAAAUCCCAUUGGAAAAUACCGAGGGAAAAGAAUGAGAAUAGACUAUUUCAUAGCUUCUGAGAAACUCAAGGACAGGAUUGUUGCCUGUGAGAUGCAUGGAAAAGGCAUUGAAUUACAAGGAUUUUUUGGUAGUGAUCAUUGCCCUGUUUCCCUCGAGCUUUCACCUCCAAGUACGAAUUCCAACUAAUGCUGAUUUUUAUCUGGGGUUGGGGAGGGGUCUUUGCCUCUUCCUUUUGGUAUUUAUCAUAGUUGACCUGAUGCACAAGCAAGCCACAAAUUAUAGAGGUAUGCGUGUGCAUGCUUCAAGUUGGAAUUUCAUCCACUAGCUAUGGGUGUAAUGCUGUAACUCCUGCUCCUACAGCCCAAGAAGAUGGUGUAAAUGGGUAGAUUUUGGAUUAAUCAAGUUCUAGUCAUGUAGUGGUCUCAGGCAGAUCUGGUAACUGGGUCUCUUAUGCUCUCUAUGCUUCUUUGGCCCCCUCCGCCCCCAAAAGAAAAAAAGUUGGGUGGGGAUGAGAGGGGGAUCUGUUCUUUCUAUGCAUGGCUUUAUAUC